AUGCCUACCGUCUCAUUGUCCGAUGGAUCGUGGAGUUUCGACAAUCUCGGUCCUCUGACAACAACAUUCACCCAGCCCGCCAGGUGCACCCAGACGCCUAUUCAUGGAUUCAUCACAACGGUACUCGAUUACCCUUUGUGGCAAUAUGGAGUCGAGUGCAACCCAACAGUCGACGCCUCAUGUUACCCACCCUCCACCAACUCAUUCACAGGAACCUGGAACCCAAGGGAAUGGCUCGGCUACGGUGACUACUACUCUCCAGGCCUGCUCUGCCCAUCCGGCUGGGCCACCGUCGGAGCAGCCACCCGUGACGAGCACCACUCACUCACUUUCUCGGGGGCUGCCCACCCCUCCAAACAACCAGAAAAUAGCUGGAUUUACCUGUACCGCCCGCAAACUGCAUUAGCCAGUGCGCUCGAACCCGGCCAGACCAUGGCCAUGUGCUGUCCAAGUUACUCACUGCAAUGCAAUAGCUCCAUGACACCCGAUGCCCAAGGAGGAUGCUACUCCACGCUCUCGGAAAGACCAGCCUCGGCCUGUGUGGUGUAUCAAGAGGCGGAUAUUGACUAUUCUUCUGUGCUGAGCACUUACACGGAUGCUACGACUACGGAAACGAGCUGGUCAGCUACUUUCACGACGACGAGGGCGAUUACCACGGAAACUGAUUAUUUGACUGGCACUGGGUUCCUGGAUGAGCUCACUCCUGUUUCGUGGGUUGAUAUGAUCAUGAUUGUUCAUCACCAGUCGGACUUGUCGGAGGCUACUGACCUCCUGAUAUUGACUUCCACGUCAAUCCGAGCAAAAACCUUGGAAGUCAACCAUUGCCCACAACAUAUCUCCAUCACCAUGUCAAAAUCCACAACAGACAUCUUCAUGAGCAUCAAACCAGAGCACAUCCAAAACAUCGCCUUGCGCACCAAGAACCACGAAUACCGCGGCUAUCUCCUCCCGUCAAGCAUCCAGCGUAUUUGGUUCUAUACAUCGAGUCCUACCCAGAGCAUUGAAUACGUCGCCCAUAUAUCGCAUGGCAAGCGUCCAGGAGAACUGCCUGACGAUGGCGGCAUCGGAAAUACAGAGUUCAAUACGGGCUUGAAGACAAGCGGCUAUGCCUAUGAGAUUCUCAUUCUCUGGAAGCUCCGGGAUCCUCUUACUCUGAAAGAAGCUAUCAGAGACGGGCACUUGAAGGGACCACCGCAGAAAUAUUGCUGGGUGCCUUUGACAUUCCUGGAGGAAUACCCACUGGAGAAAUUGAUUCUGUUAUUUUCGACAAUUGAUUGA